UCUCACGUGCAACAUCCUGUAGCAGUCUCCUCCUUCCCUCCUCCUUCCCCCUUCCACCCCUUUGAUGAACCCCAAUUUAAAACCCCCUCUCCGCGCACUGCCUUUUCCUCCAUCUCGAAGCUCACCACCGAAAAAAGGCGUCUUUGUUUGUUCUUUCAGAGCAACCUUGCGCCUUGGCUUCUUCUCCUUCUUCUCCAAAACCACCCCCCACCCUCUCUCUCCUCUGUUCUCUCUGCAAGAAGAGAGAGAGAGAGAGAGAGAGAGUUCAUAAAAAAGAGAGAAAAUGGCGCUCGAAGCAGUGGUGUACCCACAAGACCCUUUUGGCUACAGUCGGGAUCAGUACUACGCCCUGGCCGGCGGGCUCCCGGAAUUGGCCGACGAGAAGACCUUCUUGGACGCUUUCAACGACGACCCCACCGCCAACAACGCAUGCUGCUGGGACUACUACUCCUCCUCCUCGGCCAACACCUCGGCCAUGCACGGCGUCAGCAUCAGCAGCGGUCAGUGGCCGGCCCUGGACCCCAACUCCUCGUCGCCGGAGACCACUUGCGCCGCCGCCUCCGCCGCCGCCGCCGCCGAGGCCGGCAGCGGCGGCAGCGGCCCCGUCCCGGCGGCGGCGGCCGGCGGCGGAGGGGGAGGAGGAGGCGGCGGGAGGAGGAAGAGGAGGAGGUGCAGGAGCAGCAAGAACAAGGAGGAGAUAGAGAACCAGAGGAUGACCCACAUUGCGGUGGAGCGCAACCGCCGCAAGCAGAUGAACGAGUACCUCGCCGUCCUCCGCUCCCUCAUGCCCCCUUCUUACAGCCAGCGGGGUGAUCAAGCGUCGAUCAUAGGAGGGGCCAUCAAUUUCGUGAAGGAGCUAGAGCAGCUCCUUCAGUCCAUGCAGACCCACAAGUCGAAACCGAAACCACUGCAAGACCUCGCCGCCGCCGCCAACAACAACAAUGACAACAGCAACAAUGACGUCGCCUCGCCUUUUGCCGAGUUCUUCAGCUUCCCACAGUACUCGACUCGGCUGGCCUCGGCUCCAUGCGGCGGGCCGACCGAGCCAGCCACAGCUCUGGAGGACCGCAGCGGCGGCCCCCACCCCCAGUGGGUGGUGGCGGACAUCGAGGUGACGAUGGUGGAGAGCCACGCCAACAUGAAGAUCUUCUCCAAGAAGAGGCCGAGGCAGCUGCUCCAACUGGUGGCCGGGCUCCAGGGCCUCCGGCUCACCGUGCUCCACCUCAACGUCACCACCGUCGACGACUCGGUCCUCUACUCUGUCAGCGUCAAGGUGGAGGAAGGAUGCCACUUGAACACGGUGGAUGAAAUCGCGGCCGCUGUCCAUGAAUUGCUACGUAGAAUCGAGGAAGGAGCUGGCGCUUUCACCUAAACUUGAUUUGGAACCCUAAUUAACCAACCCCCCUUCUCUUCUGUAACUGUGUUCACAAGCGCCUUUUCUUUUCUUUUCCUUUUACCUUCUUUUAUCUUGCUUAAUUCCACCUUUUAAUAUAUUCAAACGUUCUGUAAUUACCUCUCUCUCUCUCUCUCUCUCUCUCUCGCUCUCAUAUUUUUCAUUUUCUUUUAGGAUGUUCUGUGGAACUAUGGUCUCAAUUAUGUUAGCUGGGAUUCAUUCUUA